GCGCCCUAUAAAAAUCGCCUCGCGGCGUGGUUCGGCCUCUUUCCCCGUGAGGAGCAGGAGCUCAGCAGGUUCCACGAACGCCCGUUAAAGCUUGCUUUGUCCAGCCUGCUCCUCCACCUACCAAGGUUGAAAAACCUGAAGUAAAACACGAUUCUUGAAGGAACUGCUGAGGUGAAGGAAUAAAGAAAAAUCCGCCUUUAGUGUGGGAGAGGCAGCUCCGUUCCAUCGCGGCCGGCUGCGGCCUCGCAGGCUGGAGGCGUCCCUGCCGGUUAGAAGCAGCAUGAAUUCCAGGAUGCCAGGAAGACGCAGAGAGCAGAUUCUGGUGCCAGAAGAAGAGUCUACUGAGACGAAAAAGGUUAAAGAUUCCAAGAUGUCAGGAAAACGCAGAAUGAAGGUCCUGGUGUCAGAAGAAUCUACUGAGACGAAAAAGGUUAAAGUCAGCCACCCAUCACAUCGCUCACAGCCUGGGCUGGUGUUGACCCUGGGCCAGGGAAACGUUGGCCAGCUGGGUCUGGGUGAAGACAUCAUGGAGAGGAAGAAGCCAGCUCUGGUCACGCUGCCGGAGAUGGUGGUGCAGGUGGAAGCUGGAGGCAUGCACACAGUGUGCCUCAGCCAGACUGGAAAGAUCUACACCUUUGGCUGCAAUGAUGAAGGUGCCCUGGGACGCGACACCUCGGCUGAAGGGUCUGAGAGCUCUCCGGGGCUGGUGGAGCUGCAGGAGAAGGUGGUGCAGGUGUCGGCGGGGGACAGCCACACGGCCGCGCUGACGGAGGACGGCCGCGUCUUUGUCUGGGGCUCCUUCCGGGAUAACAACGGAGUGAUCGGCUUGCUGGAGCCCAUGAAGACGAGCUCUGUUCCUCUGCUGCUCCAGCUCGAAGCCCCUGUUGUCAAAAUAGUUUCAGGAAAUGACCACUUGGUGAUGCUGACAGUGGAUGGCGACCUGUUCACAUGUGGCUGCGGUGAACAGGGCCAGCUGGGCAGAGUGCCAGCACUCUUUGCCAGCCGAGGAGGACGGAGAGGACUGCAGCGGAUGCUGAUCCCCCAGCUUGUCCCUGUCAGAGGCAAAGGGAGAAGAAGCAAAAUGCGUUUCCAGGACGCUUUCUGCGGGGCGUAUUUCACCUUCGCCGUCACCCGUGAGGGACACAUCUAUGGAUUUGGCCUCUCCAACUACCACCAGCUGGGGACCCAGGACACCGAGCCCUGCUUCUCCCCGCAGAACCUCACGUGCUUCAAGAACUCCACCAAGUCUUGGGUUGGGUUCUCUGGUGGGCAGCACCACACGGUCUGCGUCGACUCUGAGGGUAAAGCCUACAGCCUGGGCAGGGCAGAGUAUGGCCGGCUGGGCCUUGGCACAGGGGCAGAGGAGAAGAGCACACCCACAGUUAUCCCAGAGCUCCCCAGCAUCAUCUCGGUGGCCUGCGGAGCGUCAGUUGGUUAUGCUGUCAGCAGUGAUGGACGAGCGUUUGCCUGGGGAAUGGGCACUAACUACCAGCUGGGCACCGGGGAGGAGGAUGACGUCUGGAGCCCCGUGGAGAUGACUGGGAAGCAGCUGGAGAACCGGCGGGUGCUGGCCGUGUCCAGCGGUGGGCAGCACACUGUGCUGCUGGUCAGUGACAAGGAGCAGAGCUGAUGAAGUGACGCCGCAGCCGGGACCAGCGGAAUCACAGCACCCCCAGACCCCCCACAACUUCUGCCUGCCUUGGGGAGCCGAUUACUUGGGGAGGGAGGAGGCUCAUGGAGCUCGACCCAGCAGCGCCUGCGAGGCUGGCACAGGGUGCCCAUGGGUUCUCUCUGCAAGCUUUUGUCUGUUUUCCUGUGGUGCCCAUGUUCUGUCAGCUCCCCGGGUCAGCUUGGUCCUAAACUGAUCCCAGUUCUGUGCCUGGAUGGAUUUCCACUUCUUCUCGUCUGUUUUUUUUAACAUUUCCUGGCCCAGCAAAGCUGAGGGUUUUGUUCUUCACUCUGCAAUCAGGUUUGGGUAAUAGUCUCCCUGAGGUCCCCAUGUUCCCCAGAUCUGGGUGCUCCCCCACCCCCUUCACCUAAAUACACCUCUCUGGCCUGGAUUUGUUUGCUGCCACCCCCCAAACCCUUCUGAGCCCAUUCCAUGUGCCCAGGAAUCUAUCCAGAGCUUGUGGCUACUGUGGGGAUAUUGUGCCCAGUGAGGGAGGAUGCUGCUGGAUGCUGCCCAGCACCGUGUGACCUGCCUCCCACCGCUCAAGCUGAGCCCCCCCAGGCAGUGAGGCAGGAGUAGGUUCCCCACUCCCCAUGGCCUGGAGCAGCCGCCUCACCACUGCUUUUUGCAGUGCUGGCCACUCCCUCUUUGCCUUUGGAAACCCAACCAAAUCCAUCCCACAGGUGGGAACACUGUUACUUUAGUUUUUUCACUUUCCCUUGCUGAGGAAGGAGCUUCAUUUACUGUUAGGGCCUUGCUGAGCAGACGCUCAGACCGCAGCUGAGCAUGGAGACGCUGGAACAACAGGACUCCUCCCCAUUGCCUCCCUGAUCCAACUGGUCCUGCUUCCUGUGCCCAGCUUGCUCCAUCCUCUCCUUACAGGAGGUGCCUUCCAGGUACCUGGAGUGAGGAGGGGUCUGCAAAGAACUAAAUUAUAGCAAUAGGAGGGGGGGGUAUGGGGUUAUACAAUGGUUCCGAAGGGGUUGGAUUUUUUAAAAAAGAAAAUGUAUUUUGGUUGAUGAAUCAAGGCAGAAAGGACAAAAAAAGAGAUCUUUUAACAUUUGGAAUAAACUGAGUUUUGAUAAA